AUGGCGAAUUCCACCACCAAACGGAAGAAUCUCUCUUCCAACACCUCCGAUCUCACCGCCGCAUCACCUCCAGCUCCUUUCUCGAUCGCCCCCUCGGAACUCGAACCCUUCCUCUCCUCCCUCGACAAGUCCAAAGUCUAUAUCGCCCACAUCGACACGCAUCCGUGGUGGUUCAAGCGGCGCAUCUUCACCGUCCCAGUCCUGCUCAACGUCACCAUCCUCGCUCUCCUCAUAUGGCGCGCAUACUCUAUCCUUCCGACAUACUGGGCGAUUACGCUCUCCAUGCUCGGUAAUACAACCAGUGCAACAGUCGACACCGAGUCCAAGACCAGAACACAGCUGUUUUGGAUAGUACUCUGGCGGACGUUUACUUUCCUCCUCGACUUCUUGCUUGUCAAAAUUAUCUGGCCAUGGCCCUUGACAUUCUUCUUCGAGAUGCCCGGCAAUCCAUGCCUCUGGCGAUGGAGGGUGGGCUUCCGUGACCGCGAGAUAUACAUCCGGGUUUCGAGGAAAUGGGGCAGUGAAGAGCUGCUUGAGGGCGCGAAGAAAGGGGACGAAAGUCCAUUCUUCAAGGUCAGAAUACUGCCGGCUAUCGACCGGCACUAUAUCAGAAGCAAGACCGGGUAUCUCAUGAUGGGCACGAAUUGGGACCUUGACUUCGCAGCUAUGGCUGCGGCGCAUAAGCUUGUGGAUACCAAGGCUGUGCCGGAAGAGGCGUUUGAGAAGAGCAUCCUUGCUUUUUCCACAGAGCUGGACUCUUGGUUGGUAUGGAAAGUUCACGAGCUGGACGAGGGUGCAGAGCAAGAAAGCCGCAAGAAGGUAGUUCAGUUCAAGGACCGGCUUACGGCCAUGGGCAAGGAGAACCUAUUUUUUCGGUGGGUCGAGCUCAUACAGUAUGAGAGUACCCAGCCCGGCGGGUUCACGAAGGAGAGACAGGUGCAGACUGUGCAGAGGGCUAGGGAGAUGUUUCAAGAGCAGGGUAUUGAUUUUGAGGAGUUUGUCCAAAGUACGUUCAAUAUCGCCCCGCUCGGCGUCGCGUUCGCGUACGCCAACUCGAUCACCUUCACCGCGCAGAGACAGGUAUGGUGGACGGAAUGGCACAAGGAGAAGCGCGAGCAGAAGCCCGGCGAGAAGCCAAUCGUUGUAGAGAAGUUAACGAAGAACGUCAACGAAGGCCAUCUCCGGGAGAUCUUUGGAGCAUACGGAUCUAUACAAGACCUCGACAUGCCUAUGAACAGACAAUUCAUGACAAACCGCGGAACAGCAUACAUCGUAUACCACGACACCGCCGACGCCGAAGCAGCCAUCGCGCACAUGCAUGAAGCGCAGCUCGACGGCGCAGUAAUCACCGUAUCGAUCGUUCUACCCCGCCGCAAAUUCUCGCGCUCCCCUCCACCACGUCGCGCGCCGCCACCCUUUGAUCGCUUCGACUCGCGUAGUGGACCACCGGGCGGAUACCGUGGACCGCCGCCUGGAACUGGUGCUGCAGCUGGACGGUACCGAUCCCCACCGCCCCGGCGUCGGUCGCCGCCUGGGCGAGGAUACGGUCGCUCUGGCCGAGGGGACUUUUCGUACAGGCCGCGGUCCUACUCGCGAUCAAGAUUUCCACGUCGUAGUCGCUCCAGGUCAUACUCAUCAAGGUCACCAUCACGAUCACCUCCCCCGCGACGAGGCAGCUAUCGGAGGAGGGAAAGCCCACCGAGGGGUGGAGGCAGGAGGCGGAGAAGCCCCAGCUACAGCAGUUAUAGUAGUCACAGUGAUAGGAGUCGGAGUAGGAGUAGGGGCAAUGGAGCAAGGGGCCGACGGUAA